AUGAAACUUUCACAGCAAGGGGAUAGUAAGACAGUUAUUGGAAUAAGCGAAAGAGAGUUCUUCAAGGCACUGGUGGACGAGAAUGGAUUCUACCCGAAGGACAAGGAGGUUUCCAUUGAAGAAAUAGAAACAUAUGCGGAUAUCACAAUGAAAGGGUGUAAAAAUGGAAGUACUGUAAUUGUAAGCAUAAUAUUAACUGAGAACAGCCAAUCAAUCGAUGCAUGCAGAAUAUCCUUAAAUAAAGAAGUAUCUGCGUACGUGUCUGUCGAUGUCUUAGUGGAUUCUGGCUCAGCCCAAGAAAUAGUUCAGUCCUGCCUGGCAGAUGUGCAAAGAAAGCUAACACAGCCCAAUUUAGUUCAAUUAUUCAAAAAUAGACAGACUGUAUCGCAUAAUAUAUAUAGGGCUGGCAGUCGUGCCGUAAAUAGGAAGAUAGUUUCGUAUGGUGUAAUUGGAGAGAAGUAUAUUACAUCUCCAAUUCUACAGGAAUUUGGGGCAUCAGAUGCAGUUCUAACUAUUACCUCAGAAGAUGAAAAAAUAAUUGAAGUAGAAAUUGAGAAGGGAUGCAUUUCACCUGGCAUGCUAGCCAGAAUCAUGCAGGAUCACAUGAAUUAA